CAUAUGAUUAAGGUGUGUUGUUGGCUCCUUCGUUCAACUCUCUCAACCUUCUCUCUCUCUCUCUCUCUCUCUCUCUCUCUCUAAGCAUUGAGAGAGCCGCACCCACCAAUACCACACUCUCCCUCCAUCUGCCACCCGCCUCCGUCGUCAAUCGCCGCCUCCCACGGUUGCGCGUGGGUCCCACGACUCACCCCUCUCUUGCUAAGGCCCUUUAUUCUUUUGGAACUCUUCCUGCCAACAUAAGCUGGUCAUACCUCGUUGGGCUUUGGAAGAGGAUAGCAUAAAACUUGUUAUAACAGAAUUAAUGGAGCUGAAAGUUUCAUCUCCAAAACCAGAGUCUGUUGUUCCAUCUGAUUGUGUAAGUAGCGAUCCCGAGGAAAAGGAAGUUAGUGACGAUGAUGAUGACGAUCGGAAUCAUAAGCAUCGGAGGAGGGAAGCUCGUUCUCAAUCUUCAGAGAGAGAUGUUUCAGAGCCUGUUAAUAACAGGCCGUUCAGAAAACGUAACAAAAAUUUUGGGAAUCGGCAUCCUUUCAGGGAAAAUGAAUCUCUAGGAUUUGAAACAAUGAAAACUUACAAUGAUGCCACCACAGAUAAAGAGUUGUAUUCUAAGUUUGAAAGAAGGCGCCCUGGAUUGACUUCAGGUCCUCGAACACCUUUGGACAUGAGACUACGGGCAAACCAACCUUUUACUGGAGAUCCCAGUGUUGGUAGGGGAAGAGGUAGAGAAUCUGGUUUUUGGAACCAUCGGGAUCCUAGGUUCAGCUCAAUUGAUGUUGCUACUCAAUUGGUUCCAGGCUCUAUUCCUCCAAGCCUUUAUACUGGGCGAGGAUUACCAAAUGUUUCAAAUGCACAAAGUGCAUCCUGGAACACGUUUGGUUUAAUUCCAACAGUACCCAAUGGAGGACUAGAUAUGCUCCAUCCAAUGGGUUUACCGGCAGCUCUGAGACCUCCUAUUAAUCCAUCACUAAAUGUGAAUAUUCCUCGCCAACGGUGUAGAGAUUUUGAGGAACGAGGGUUUUGCCUUAGAGGUGACAUGUGCCCAAUGGAGCAUGGUGUUAAUCGGAUUGUUAUUGAAGAUGUCCAGAGUCUUUCACAGUUCAACCUUCCUGUUUCGCUUCCAAGUGCACAUCUAAUUGGAGCUCCAGCAGGAUCAGGAUCUCUACAUUCAGUAAAUGCUUCCACCACAAUAGUGAACAGCAAAUGUAUACCUGGAAAAAUUAGCAAGUCUGGAGUUGGUGAUGAUGUCUUGCCAUUGGAUGGUGCAUAUCCAGGUUCUGGUUGCACAAGUGGAGCAGCCGAUGUUUAUGAUCCUGAUCAACCCCUUUGGAAUGAUGGCGCUCUGGAGUCUCUUCAGUCAUCCAAGAUCGAAGAAACGGAGGCAUUUCCUAGUGAUGCUUCUGCCCACCAUCAUAUGAGGUUAUCAGAAGUUCCAGAUGGUGAUUGUCCAGUGGGUACUACCAGAACGUCUGUCAGUUCACAGGGUGCUAGUUCAUCUGUCUGGGCCAGAAUUGGUGGUUCAAAAAACAGAUAUGACAUGAAAGAAAAGACAAACUCUACCAUGAAUCCCCUUCAUUAUCCUGAGAAUCAAUUGAAGGAAGAUAAUGAUGAAUUAGUUGCUGCUCAAACUGCUUCCUCUCAAGGAAAGCAAAUGAUAGCAGAUGAUACUGACCCAAAAGCCUUGGAUGGUUUGAUGAAGGUACAAACUGAAAGCAUGCGAACUUUACGGAAACCUUCGCAAAAGGCAUUGCGCACUCUAUUUGUUAACGGUAUACCUCAGAAAAGCAACAAAAGGGAGGCACUUCUUGCCCAUUUUAAGAAGUUUGGGGAAAUUAUUGACAUAUAUAUUCCAUUGAACAGUGAGCGAGCUUUUGUGCAAUUCUCCAAGAGAGAAGAAGCUGAAGCUGCUUUGAAGGCCCCAGAUGCUGUAAUGGGUAAUCGUUUUAUCAAACUAUGGUGGGCUAAUCGUGAUAGCAUUCGCAGUGAAAGUACCACAAGUGGGAAUGGUGUAAUUGUAACUCCCCGUGGGCAAGCAUCAGCUUUUGUUCCAUCCAUUCCUGUUCUCGCUGAUAGGGGAAAAGAUAUACAUCAAUCUGAUGCUUCAAAGACUAAUGCUGAAUUAUCAACGCAAUCUGAUCAACCAAAGCCGGUCAUCUUGGAUGGGUCCAAGGGUCCACCUCCCAUACAAAAGAAGCUAGAAAACCUAGAGCAAUUAAAGGAAGAACUGCGCAAAAAGCAGGAAAUGUUGGAUCAAAAGCGUAAUGAAUUCAGACGCCAAUUGAGCAAACUUGAGAAACAUGCUACAGGAGUCAAGGGUGAAGUAGUAACCGAGCAAGCUGCCAAGAGACCCAAAACUGGCAUGGCAUCUGAUGUUGCCAAACUAGCUUCUUCGCAGUUGUCUGAUGCUGAUACUGGUAUGGCAUCUCCACAUGCAGAGACAACUGCUGAUAAAAGCAAACAGUUGGUCAAUACUGUAUCUCAAAGUCCCAAACCAAUUACUACAAUGAGAUUGCAAGAACCCACAGGCCUAAAGCAGCCAAUGCAACCAUUUGUGCCUGUAAACAGAUACAAAUUGGAUAAUCGUCCCACUGCUUUCAGAAUCAUGCCUCCUCUGCCUACUGGUCUAGCAGAUGUUGCCAUUUUGAAGGAACACUUCUUACCAUAUGGCGAACUUUCCACUGUUGAACUAGAAGCUUCACAAGUCAAUGGUAGCAACCAACAAGAGGCACGGAUAAUUUUCACCACUCGACGUGCAGCCGAGAGAGCAUUCAUUAAUGGAAAAUGCUGGAAAGACCAUAACCUAAAGUUUGUGUGGCUGACACCUAGUAAUUCUAGCAAUGCUGCUGGUAGUAGAGAACAUUCUCCUCCUGCUCCCAAGGAGCCUUUAGAAAAAGACCAACAUCCUGAAGAACAAUUGGAGAACUCUGCUAACCAAGAACCAAUUGUAUCAGAUGAUGAUCCCAAAAGUUCCGAAAUCAAUAACAGUUCAGAGCAUAUGGAAAUGGAACAAGGUGAAGAUGAUCUCCAGGGUACCCCCAGGCAAGAUUCCGCCAAACAAUCACCUGAUGCUAAUGCCUGUUGAGAGGGUCUAAUUAUCAGAUUUGUACAGCUGAGGUAAAAAAUUUAAAUCUAUGAAACUAUAAUUUUCGGGAGCCUAUUUUUUCAAUUUAUGAAAAAUUUUAAUUUUCCAUAUGUUCCUUUUUAACUAUUGAGACAUGUAAAUUUCAUCUUUUUUGGCUGCCUCCUCCUCCUCUUCAUGUAUUUGGUGGUAUUAGUUGAAUGGUUCAAUGAUGUUAUCAGCUUUGGAUAGUUCAGUUGUAGGAUCAAAGUUUUGAUGAUCAAAAUUAUGUUAGAAGCCACCGAACGGUUGCAUAACAAAUGUUUGGGAACCCUUCCCUUUUUUAAUGUUUGCAGUUGCAGUAAAUAUAAUUGAAGCUGUUAGUUUUUACUCCAUUAUGCUUCUG